AUGCAUGAGACUGCCCUCCCUGUGCGCGCCAGAGCGCGGUCUGUGUCCACUGAUGUCCCUUGGUUUCUGAAAUUGGAUCAUGAUAAUGAGGUGGUUUACGAAGUAACAGAUCGCCCGCUGUUGAAGAGCGGUACAUUGACAGGACUCGUGGAGCAAUUGACUCGCCAUGACCGACUGGACCUUGUCUUCAACGAGACCUUCCUGAUCACCUAUCCGACCUUUGUAUCCGCGCCGGACCUCUUCGAUGCUCUCCUCCGACGAUUUCAUGUCGAGCCUCCGGGUCAAUUGACGGAACCCGAGCUGCAGCUGUGGUCCCAGCACAAACAAAAGGCAAUCCGGCUCCGGGUAGUCAAUAUCUUGAAGACAUGGCUGGAACGGUUCUGGAUGGAGCCACGCGAGGAAUCAACGACAGAUUUCCUCGGGAAGAUGCACGCCCGGAUCAAGAACUCGACGGACGUGAUGGAGACACCCACUGCCUCUCAAUUAUUGAGUGCCAUCGAUCAGCGGAUCCAGGGCCAGGAGAUCACGAAACGCCUUGCUACGCCGCCGAACUCCAACAUCCCCAAACCGAUCACACCCAAGAAUAUGAAAAAGCUGAAGAUACUGGACCUCGAUGCCACCGAGCUCGCCCGCCAGCUAACAAUCAUUGAAUUCAACCACCACGCCCGGAUCAAGCCGAACGAAUGCCUCAGCCAGAAAUGGAAGAAGAGGAGGUCCAAUAGCACCGAGCCGUCGACGGGGGUCAAUGCCAUGAUUCUGCACUCAAAUCGACUGGCUAAUUACGUGGGUGAGCUUGUGUUGGCACAAGAUGAGCUGAAAAAGAGGGUGUCCAUGAUCAAGUUGUUUGUGCAGGCUGCCGAUGUUUGUCGAUCGAUUAAUAAUUAUGCUACGUUGAUGUCGAUUGUGUCCGGUCUGGGGCAGUCCCCCGUCUUUCGACUCCGGCAAACUUGGGGUCUUGUCAAUCCGCGCAUUCGAAGCCUACUUGAGGAAUUGCGGGAUUUGAUGUCGAGUGAGAAGAAUUGGGCCAAGUAUCGCGAAGCUUUGCGGCAGGCUAGUCCGCCCUGUGUUCCUUUCCUGGGAAUCUAUCUCACAGACCUAACAUUCAUCGACGACGGCAUCCCUGACCUCACCCAAUCCGGCACGAUCAACUUCGCCAAGCGCAUCAAAGUGGCCGAAGUCCUGCAAAACAUCCAACAAUACCAAAAUAUGCCCUACAAUCUGCAGCCCGUCCCAGAGAUCCAGGACUUUCUCAUCAGGAACCUGAGGGACACAAAGGACGUCAGCGACAUGUAUGACCGGAGUCUGCAGUUAGAGCCGCGCAUGGCCAACGAGGAGAUCGUCGUGCGACGAGGCGCCCACACGGCGACAGGUAGCAAUAUGAGCUCGGUGAUUAUAGCAAGUAUGGCUAUGCGGUGA